UUUUGUGUGGCGCAUAUAUAUUGGCGCUCUCUUGUACCAAUAUUUAUGUGUUCAAAUAAAUUAAUAAAUAAAUUCCGGAUAAUGUUGACGAUCUUCUCAGAUAGUCACACCAUAGUGUCUUCUUAUCCACACUGCCGAAUGCUUUCUCAUAGUCAAGGAAGUUAUUGGAUGGUGACGAGUUCCAUUCAAUUGAUUGUUGAACGAUGGUCUGUAGUAUCACGAUUUGGUCAGAACACGACCGAUCCUUACGGAAUCCAGUCUGCUGAUCUCGAAGUUGGGUGUCUACUGAAUCUUUCAUCCGAUUCAGCAAUACGCUGUUGAAAACUUUUCCUGGUGCAAAUAGUGGUGUGAUGCAUCUACAGUUC